GUCGGCUCACGACAGUUGAAACGGAACUGACGCUGCCGGCACUUCUGCCUUUCAUAAUUCAGAGUAUCUCACGCAGGUGAAGAAGAAGAAACGUCCGCCUUUUCCUCAGAAUUAUUUUGAGCAUGGAAAAUCCCGGAAAGAAGGUUCUGCUCACCUCCAGCGGCGACCAAAUUUCUUUCCACAUUGCCCGUCAUUUAGCUCAGCGGGGUUGCCGGUUGGUUUUGAUGGGGAACGAGGAGCAAUUGAGGAGUGCGGCCGAUAAGAUCAAAGGUUCCUUAAACGGCGCCGUAGCAAUUGAGGUGGUGGGUCUGGAUAUGGAAGAAGAAAGAGAAGUGAUUUUUGAUGAGGCGGUGGAGAAGGCGAGGAGCAUUUUGGGGAGUUUGGAUGCUUUCGUCAACUGUUAUUCCUAUGAAGGAAAGAUGCAAGAUCCUCUGUCUUUAGCUGAAGCUGAAUUCAAAAAGAUUGUCCAAAUCAACUUUAUGGCUGCGUGGUAUCUCUUAAAAGCUGUGGGUAAAACAUUGCGUGAUCAGAAAUCUGGGGGAUCCAUAGUAUUCUUGACCUCUAUAAUUGGGGCUGAAAGAGGGUUAUAUCAGGGAGCAGCAGCCUAUGGUUCAUGUUUGGCUGGAAUACAACAGCUAGUAAGGACAGCUGCAUUGGAGAUAGGGAAGUAUCAGAUAAGGGUUAAUGCAAUAGCUCGUGGGCUGCAUCUUGAUGACGAGUUCCCUGUGUCAGUGGGGAAGGAAAGGGCGCAGAAACUGGUUAAUGAGGCCACACCCCUGCAUCGGUGGCUUGAUGUUGAGUACGAUUUGGCUUCAACUGUCAUUUAUCUGAUUAGUGAUGGCGCACGGUACAUGACUGGGACAACCAUAUUUGUUGAUGGUGCCCAGUCUUUGGUGAGGCCUCGAAUGCGAUCCUAUAUGUGAAGCCUAAGCACGUUUUUCAAUAGCAAUAGUAAUAAAUCUUGGUCAUCUUGUUGUGUGAGGUGAUCAUGUCAUGUAAAACUGCUGUACUUAAUUGUUUUGUCUUACUGGCUGUUGCCCCAUUGCCAGCGUGAUCUUGAUAAUCACUAAUUCAUUUGGUAUCAUAUUUGUUAAA